AUGGAUAAUUCACUGGGACCGGCCUCACUACUGGGAAGAAAGUGUGCUACUUCAAUGGACACUCCUUUGUGGGUGUUGGAGGGGCGGUGGUUGUCCUCGCCAAGGCCCGCUACGGCCCUGGCCUCAUCUCCGACGUUGGGAUUUGGGCAACGUGCAUCAGCAGCGAACGGGGUGGAGGGAGCAGCUGCGCGUCACUGCCUGCUGCUGCUUCUCAAACUGAAACAGGAGGGCAGUGGACAGACGUUGUGCCUAGCGGCGGCGAUGGGCGGCAGCGUGGCUCGCUUGUCUUCCGCUACGGCCCCAGGGCGGUUGUGGACAAUAAAAUACUGCUUCUGCUGGUGA